AUGACACCGAAUUCGCCCUCCAAUCACUCUAAAGGUCUUCCAGCGUCUGCUGAGCAAGCCUUGUGCCCCAAUCCUCUGUCAUAUAUUAUUUCGAAGCUCUCACCACAGAUGUCGUGCUCGGCUGGACCGUCCAACGAGGAAAAUUCCCAAAGAAAGCGAGACAGCGAAUUUGUAGAAGAUGAAAUUCAGGCCCUCAUUGAACGUGUUGACAACAGCAUCAGCGAGUGGCGUUUAGAUGAGGGCAUAACCCAAAUCAUUGGUGCUGAAGAAGUCAUCAAUGUCCCGGAUGCGCAUGCUAUCCUUGCUGAAGAAAAUACGGAGGCUGAUGCGCAGUACUGUGGGACACAACCAACAACUACCUGGGCAAAACAAAUAGGUUGUGUGACUUCCCGCCUACAGAGUUUGCGUGACAGUUUGAUGGCUAUCCCAAAUUGCUUACGCAACCUCAUGUGGAAACCCGACAGGAACAAUGACGAGGAAGAAAGCGAUAACAGCGGAUAUACUUCCGGCGAGUCAUUUCAAUCUAAUGGUACCAGUAGUGGCUCAUAUCAGCAAACGGGACAAAAUAGAGUCAAUUCGCCAACUGGAAGCCGGAUAAUCAGCUUGAUAAAGGGCAUAUUCAUCGAUGAAUGAGAGCUUCCCUCAGCUUCAUUCCAGCAAUCGUCUUCCGCACAACAGUCCUCUGCCUCUGCCCAAGCAUGAUCUGUUGCACAGCAGCCAUCAUCCUUCCUGUACCGCCUCUCAUGCAGCAAGCACCUACUGCCACUUCUUCUGAUCAUCCUUGCUUUCAUGAGGUACGUCAGGUUUGGGGCUUGAAUGGCGCGCAGAAGGAGUUGAAGGGACAUAUCAAGGGAAGCGAAGACACAAGUGAAACGUCAAAAAAAGCAAAAGGAUUCUACUUGGCUUGAGCUGUUCUCUUCGUCAGCAAACAAUUUUUAGUCCGAACAGCGAUACAUGUUACAUAGCGAUAUACUGAAUCAAUUGACAGUGUUGACUAGGGAGCAUAUUCAGAGUACAACCCCCCUGAACACUAUUAUCCAG